UUUCACUUGGACAAGUAUUUAAUAUUAAAUUGUUAAAAAUGAGCAACCAAGGAAAUUCAUUUAACAACAAACGCGAAAACAUCAAAAAAUAUUUGAAUGAUUUAGGUCUUAUUGAAGCUUUGACCAACGUAUUAGCGAACCUUUAUAGAUCAGAACCCCGACCGACAGAUCCAUUGGAUUACAUUCGCACUCAUAUGACAGAAAUUGUUAAGGAAAGAGAAGAACUGAAAAUGCUUAAGGAAACCUAUGAUAGUAUGAUCAGUCAAAUUCAGGAAAUGGAAGAAGAGAAUAUGCAACUAGCAAAAACAAUUAAAGAGUUGGAAAACUAUGGGGAUGAGUUGAGCAAAUCCAAGUUGGAAGAAACUGAUGACAAUAACGUUAGAACAGAAUGAAAUAACCAACAUGCAUUUUUUGUUAGAUAAAUUGCAGUAACAUAAUAGAGUAUAAGAUAAUAUAACAUAAAUGUUGAAAAAUACAAGCAUAAUAUAAUUAAUAAAUAUCUCA